AAUGGUUAUGUCUCAACUGCCAGACCCAAAGAGCUCUCUCUGGCCAGCUGGGCGAUAUGCCCCCUCCACCAUCUCCUGUGAAGAAGCAACUACCCACACCUACCCCUACCCCUCCUGCCUCCCCUGCCAAAGUCCCUGACUCCCCAGCUGCUGCUGCCUCUCCAUUAACGGGAAGCCCCUCAGUCUCUCAGGUAGAGGCAGCAGCAGCAAAGGAAGACACCCAGCCGCUUCCCAUGUCCAAGGCAACACUGAAAGACCCUGGAGAAAAAAACACCAUCGCCAAGGAUAGCAGUCCCACCAGCCCCUCAGACCUUGCCAAGCUGGAGAGCACUGUCCUUCCCAUACUAGAGGCCCAGGCUACACAACCAAAGGAUAAUUCAGACAAACUGACCGACUCACUCAAGACCAGACGCAAACUUGAGGUGCUACCCCUCUCACCUGAAUCUCCCAGCACAGAGGAUGACCCAGAACUCUCAGAGAAGAAGGACGCCUCAGCAAAGAAAAAGCUGCUGGUGCCGACAGACAUCAGGGGUGACUCGUUGGAGGACAGCAGUGAGAGCUUAGGGAAAGAUAGUCCCGUGUCAGGGGAUGACGAAGACUUCAUUCGUAAACAGAUCAUGGAGAUGAGUGAGAACGAGGAUGCUUCGCCGUCAGACGAAGAAAACCUAAUCCGGCGAAAGAUCCGAGAUCAUGAGAGGAAACGAAUGGAGCAGGAGAACGGGGAGGGGAAGGAGAGAAGCGCAAUGGCAAAAGGCAGGCGGCUCCUCAAGAAGACACCAUCAGCCCUGAGGACGAAGAUGGAGCGAAUGGCCAGCAGUCUGGUUAACGGAGCAGGUCUGGGCAAGGAGAACAUCCCCAGAGGUCUCAACCGUGUCAACACAGCAG